CCCAACCUGUUACAAUGUAACAUCCCGUUGAGCAGCGAAAUUGAUACAAAUGCACGCGACAACUGUCUGUUGUUGAUCCACGCUUUUGCAUUUCACCAUGACCCCAAUGAAAACAAUGGUCUUUAGCUAACAAAACCCGGAUACAGGGACCAAGUGUUGGCCAUGGCAGCAGGCGUCAGUUUGUUGAGUGACCUGCCCUACUCCACCGGAAGCUCAGCUAACAGCAGAGAGUCCAGCACUGACAUGGAGCCAGUGAAUGUCAGAGUACCCACUGCAAAGUACACCAAGGUGGGCGAGACUUUGAGGCAUGUCAUCCCAGGACAUAUGCAGUGCUCCAUGGCAUGUGGUGGUCGAGCGUGCAAAUACGAAAACCCCUCUCGCUGGAGCGACAAAGAACAAGCCAUCAAAGGACUGUACUCCUCCUGGAUAACUGAUAAUCUGUUAGCCAUGGCAAGACCUUCAACUGAAAUCAUUGAAAAAUUCAACGUCAUCGAACAGUUUCAUGCGUGUGGUUUAAAGACAAUAAUCAACCUGCAGCGUCCAGGGGAACACGCCAGCUGUGGCAGCACUCUGGAGUCAGAGAGCGGUUUCACCUAUCGCCCAGAGGUUUUCAUGGAGGCGGGGAUUUAUUUUUAUAACUUUGGCUGGAAGGACUAUGGCGUGGCAUCCUUGACUACUAUCCUUGACAUGGUGAAGGUGAUGUCAUUUGCCAUGCAAGAGGGAAAAAUGGCUGUCCACUGCCAUGCGGGACUCGGCAGAACAGGUGUCUUAAUAGCAUGCUUCUUAGUAUUCACAUCCCGGAUGAGUGCAGAUCAGGCCAUUCUGUUUGUUAGAGCUAAACGUCCAAAUUCCAUCCAGACUCGUGGCCAACUGUUGUGUGUGCGAGAGUUCGCUCAGUUCCUUGUGCCACUGCGGAGUGUAUUCUCGUGUGCCGAGCCCAAAGCUCACACAGUCACGUUGUCGCAGUACCUGACUCGUCAGCGGCACCUGCUGCACGGCUAUGAAGCACGUCUCAUGAAGAACGUGCCAAAGAUCGUACACCUGGUCUGCAGGCUUCUACUGGACAUAGCAGAGAACCGGCAAACGGUGGAAGAGGAGGUGUUGGACAUCCCGGACCUCACAGAGGAAGUGGAGAAGACAGUCUCACUGCAAGCGCUUCAGCAGUUAGGAAAGGAGAUGAGGGGGAAAGGGAUUCCCAUUUCCUUACCUCGCUCUCCUGACCAACCCAGCCAGUGUGAUCCACCUCAUGACCGGCUACUCUGUAGCGACCAAGAAUUUGAUGUGCUUUGGAGAUGGCCGACGGUAGACAAUACCUACAAGUCUCAGCUCAUCUUGAGGAAAUGUUUUAGCUAUAGCGACUCCGCCUUGCACAGACUGGAUUCCAGGGUGCAGGUACUGCAAAGUCCCCAGAAUGCUCUUGGCAGCAAAUCUGGGUUAAACUUUACAGAGGUUUAUGUAUCGCAGAGCAGAUUAGCUACACAAACCCCUGACCUUUUGCGAUCCCCGUUGACAUCUGAAAUCAGCAACAGUCCCAAACAUGGCUCUUUAACUGGUUCCUGUAGUUCCUUGGUGCAAUCCAAAAAAGUGGAAGGCCAAGCAUCCUGCUCUCCUGUCUCCAUAAAACGGGUACCUCUGAAGGAGGCGAAGCGCAGCAUGUCCUAUGGGUUUUUAGGGAGGACCAGUGAUGGGAUGUUUUCAAUGCGUCAAGGUGGCAAAAGUCAUCCCAGCCCUAAUGAAAACACAAGCUCUGAAGUCACACAACAACUGACAGAUGUUCCUACUCUGACUCUUCAAAGUGAACUCCCACCUGAGACUCGUCGACUGUUUGUGGCCAAAGUUCUGACGAUGGACAUCGAUGGAGAUGACUUCAGGAGCACAGUCUCAAUGUGGCAGACAGAGCUGAACUCCCGUGAAGGUGCAUGGGAGAGGCUGUGCACCGAGAGAGAUCCCGUGGUGCUCUCCACGCUCAUGUGGUCUUGGCUAGAACAACUCAAGGAGCCAGUCAUCACAAAAGAGGAUGUGGAGACUUUGGCUGGAAACAGAUUCAAUCCCCAACAUGCUCUGAAUUCACUGGACAAGGGACAAAAACAAACCCUUCUGUGUAUUCUUGACUGUGUUGCUCAUUUGCUUAAAAUACCAGAAGAGGUUGAGAAUGCCUUUUUUGAACGCACAAUCAAAGCAUUCACUUGGAUUUCCUUAGAUUCCGAGAAUGGACAGUUCAUCUGUAAGACUCUGAAAGACGUCAUGAUCCCUGUCAUGCAUGAUUUGAGAGCAAAAGCAAUGGAGGAGCUUGAGCUGACCUGCCACUGUUCCCAUGUACCCUGAUCAAGAAUAUGAUGGGAAACCGAGAUCUGGAAUCUACUGUAAUUUUGUAGUUGAAAAAGAAACAAAAAACAAAUACAAAGACACAAAUAACAGAUUUACAGUUUUUUUUCUGCUUGAUUAAUCAUUCAAAAAUGUAUUUUAUUGUCUUUUGAGGGAACAAUAAUUACUGCCAUACAUGUAUGUGCCACAAGGUUUUGUUAGGCUAUUUUUCUAAUUUGCUUUUCUUAAUAGUUUAUUUUUGAUACACAAUAUUUAUUAGCUAACUGAGGAAACUAUUUAUUAAUAAGUAAGACAUGUAUUUAUUUUUAUGCUUUUGUUUGGCUCUUACGAACUGAAGAUUCUCAUGAAAAUAUGUUUUGUCAUAUUAUACUGUUUGAAUAGUAUAAUGGUAGAUUAUUAUUUACUAAACCAAAUAAUAUCACUGUGCAACAUCUCAUCUUUAAUUUUUUUAAUGAAUGAAGCAAAUUGACAGAUUUGCUGAUUCUUGCCUUUGCAAUUUGCAUUUAAGGUUUGAAAAUGAUUUAAGGUGCAGUAGAGGACAACUAAAUGCUUUCAUUCAUAACACAAUGCAGUUUACAUUAGGAAUAGCUAACCAUAGCCUCAGCAUACUCUGAGAAUGUAUCAAUACAAUUCCUGCUAAAAUGAAUCAAAAUAAUGCUCUGUAGUCAGGCUUUUGCAGGAUGCUUUUUGACUUUUAUUGCCAUUAUUUAUAACUAAGCUGCUUCUUUAACUUAAAAAGAACAAAUAUGAAGGAAUAUGUAUAAAUAUGUUUGUCAUGUGGUGUUUUAGUACUAGAUAACACUGUUGAAACUGACCUCAUUUGUCAUCUAAAAUGUUAUCAUUGUCUUUUUAAGCAAGUAUCAUGUAGCCAGAAGAAUAUGUUUAUUCAUUCAUGUUUAAAGAAGAACUGUAAAAUGUUUUCUUGUCAGAUUCCUUAAGACAGAUCAUUGUGGAUUUUACAAAGCACUGCAUAUUUUUUUAUUUAUUACAAUUAUAUUCAAGUCUAUAAAAAUAACAUUCUGAAUGUUACCUUUGGCACACUUUCUCAUUAACAUCCUAAUUCAACUUUGCCUUCACUAAGCAAGUUUCUUUAUUAAACUAAUAAAUCUA